GCAACAAAUCGGUUCUGUGUGCGCAGCGCACAUCAGUUUGGUUGUUUGUUGAGUGGUUGUGGAUAUCAGUUUUGUUUUACUCCCAACGCCAGAAAACACAACAGAUCUUAUCCAGCAAUUGCAUUAAAUUUUACCACAGCAAUGAGCGAGGAAGACGAACGUACGCUAUGGUGCGGGAAUCUUGCUGAGAAAGUAACGGAGGAACUUCUGUACGAAUUAUUCUUGCAGGCAGGCCCCGUAGAAAUGGUAAAGAUUCCACAGGACAAAGAUAAACGGCCCCGAUCAUUCGCAUUUAUCACUUACACCCAUGGUGCUUCGGUGGAAUAUGCCAUCAAUAUUUUCGACGGCACUAGAUUGUUCAAUCGACAGUUAACACUGCACAAGAAGAGUAAGAAUGGUCAGAACGCCGGUUCUCCGAAGGUGAACAACCCACAACAAAACCGUGGCGGUCAGCCGCAGCAGCAAAGUCCAGGGAACAUGCCCAACUUAGGACAACUGCAAUUUGCCAACAUGAGCCCGGGGGCGAUGAACCACAUGAUGCAGGGAAUGCUCAAUCAACUGAGUCAGCAGGUGCUGGCCAAUAUGGGCCACGUACCGCAGCACAUGCAACAGAAUAAAAUGAAUCGUAAUGAUCGCCAACAGCACCAGCAACAGAAGCCAUACAAUCGGGAUAGAGGAGACCGCGGUGAGAGGGAUCGCGAUAACUAUUCCAACCGAGACCGGAACAAUGAUGGUGAGCUAUUCUCUAGAGAUAGAGGCAAUGGUCGCAACCGGGGAGGGGGUGGAAAUAACAAUCGGAGAAAUGAAUAUCGUGGGAGAAGAUAGCAGGAGGAUUCAUAAUUGACUGUCUGCUUACUAAUAUUUUUGUCAAAUCCAGGUAAAAUAGAAUAGAAUAAAUCAAUAAAUUUGA